AUGGACAAUGUUGUAACUUUUUCUUCAAAGUACGUACGGAAAUCAGGACGUAUUGCAUUUGGGGAUGCCUAUGGUAAUCAGAUUUAUGCAGCUAGAUUAGACGACCCAGCAACAAAAACAUUCAAGAGGUGUUCUUCUGAUUCAUUUCAAGUGAACGGUGUACCAUGUGCGUACCAAAUAUGUUAUGUAUAUUUGUACAGAACUGGUCCAGAUGGAUGGAAGCCCGAGAGUUUGAAGAUCUAUGGCUAUAAUUCAAAGGUUGUUAUGUUUUACUACAACACCUUUAUACCAAGUGAUACUUGGUUUGGUUUCAAUUAUUGUUCAUCUUCUUCUUCACAUCCUCAACCUCUUACUCUUCUUUCCUUAUUUGUUAUUAUAGCUAUCUCUUUUCUAUUUUCUAAUGACUUCUAUUAAUUAUAGUAACUUAUUUUUCUAUUUGCAUUAAUAUAUUACCCACACAUACUAUAGAUAUCAUUAUGUAUACGGCUACUUUAGAAAACUUGUUUGUUUUCCAUCUUAGAAUAUAGUGAAUUUCCUUUAUAGUGUGA